GACUGCAGCGCAGCCGAUGGUUGAUUGAAUCAUGCUCUUCAGCUCUUGUGUUGUGGUCGGUUAGUUACGUUUUACAUAAAAGAUGAUGUCAGUGAAACUAUGAGAUAAUCUGUGGAACUGCAGUGUUGUGUUGACAGAAGCACAUGAUGGAACUGACUAAAAGUUUAAAGUGUUGUGGAAAAAUACACUUUUCUGAAUUGUUCCCAUCAAAAUGGAGUGGUUUUAUUUUUGUUGCAUACAUGACAUUAUUUGUAAAUCAAGGCCUCUUAGUGACAGCAUCACAGGACUCCAACAAUGGUUACCUAUACAACACAAUUGAAGCAGUUUUGGCCACAGAAGUGGUCAAAUUGAUUGUUUCCAUCAUGCUUUACACCAAAGAUCACAGCAUACUUAGUCUAGUCGCUGAUGCGAGAAUGCAUUCCAAAGUGAUGUACCAUUAUUUUGUUCCUGCUUUCCUAUACUGUUUAUACAACAACUUGGCGUUUGUGAACCUGUCAGUGUAUGAUCCUCCAUCGUAUUACCUUCUUCUGCAACUACGAGUUGUCAUUACAGGCAUUCUUUUUCAGAUUCUGUUCAAGAAACAGCUAAGUGGCAGGCAGUGGGUGUCGCUGGUGCUACUGACCGCCGGCUGCAUGAUCAAACAGUUGCCGUUGUCUGACAACACUCCCCAGCCUCUCAGUCAGCUGACAACAGACAACGCGGAUGUCGUGAUCAAAGCUGUUGACAAGGGAACGGCCCCUCUCCUCAGUUUCCACAUGUUACUUAUUAUUGUGCAGGUGGUGUGCUCAUGCCUGGCAGGAGUGUACAACGAACUUCUGUUGAAAAGUUCUGACGGUGAAGCUUGCAAUAUAUAUAUACAAAACAUCUUCAUGUACGUUGACUCCAUUGUGUGCAAUGUCGUACUGCUAGCCUGGCAGGGCCAACUGCCAGUUUUGUGGGAUUCUGAAGCGUUCUUCAGUCUGUUUCAAGUCAAAGUGUUUUUAGUGAUAUUGAACAACGCAGCAAUCGGCAUCGUGACCAGUUUCUUUCUGCGUUCGCUCAAUUCGAUACUGAAGACCUUUGCUAGCGCGUUGGAGCUCGUCUUCACUGCCAUCCUGACAAGGAUACUGUUUGGUAUUCCUAUUUACCUAAACACAGUCUUUGCCAUCAUGAUUGUUUCCUUAGCUGUGAUCAUGUACAGUCAAAACCCUGUUAGCAACUUAAGGCCUAAGGAUAAAUCCAAGGAGAUCUGUCCUGUUUAAGGAUCUGUUUUACAAUGUAAUAGAGUAUACUUUUACCUGCAUUUAUUAUUGAAUGAAAUAAGUGUAGUUUAUAACUGUAAAUAUUAGAUAUUAAAUUAUUUUUACCAAGCUUAGUUACCAAAAAUAGUGAGUGAAAUUGCAGUCUCAAUGUACAGUAUUAUGACACAUACCUAUAGUCGUAACACUGAUUUUUAGAGGUAUAAUCGUUGUGCUGAUUUAUUGAAAGUUGUGUAUACUAUUUAAUUUUAAAUUUUAAUUUUACCUUGAACUGCUUUAUCUAGUGGUUCAGAUAUAUUUGGCUAACUAUUUAUUUGCCUCUUAAAAAACGUUUGUGUUAGGUAUACUUAAAAAUUAUCUGUGAUGGUAGUUUUCAACUUUUGAGAACUAUUUCUUUUAUUUAAAGAAGACAAAACAUUACAUGAAUUUCAAUUACGAAAGUCUUUUUUGUGUAAGUUAUGAGGUAUCAAAAUAAAUAAGGAUGAAGAAAAUAAUAGUAUACUAUUACGUUACUAUACUAGUCCUGAAAAUAGGUAUUUACUGGACGAGUGUGAUCGCUCCUGUGUGAGACAAAGCCAAGUCUGGUAAACACAUUUUGGACGAGUGGCGAAUGAUAUUUUAUGCCAUACUACUCUAUGCUAAAUUAACAAUAAAAAACCUGUACAAAUCCUUAUAUAUUCCCACCGACUAAAGGACUAACAAUCACUAAUCAUAACCUAUAAGAGAGGUUAUGUUUUUGUUAUGUUUGUUGUUCAUUGCCAAAUAUAAUCAGCUGGUGUCCAGUAAACACUCAUUACAGUACACUAGUACGCAAUGAAACCCCAUUUACUUUAGCUGGAGGCAAGCUGUUUUCUGGACUGAAUCCUUGUGUGGGAAGUUCGUUAAAACAGUGAAGUGUGCAUAAAGGAUAUUUACAGGAGGAUUUUUAAGACCACCAAAUUCUUAUUUUUUCAGAUGUGUACAAUCCAAGUUUAGUUAGUUCCCUAAUUUACGAUAUAUCUAUUAUUAUUUUACAUUAUUCAACUCAACUGUCCUCAAAGCUUUGAGAUAUGUGAUCCAAUUUUGCCAAUUGAAUUUAAGAAUUUUAUGGUGCUUUAGCUAAGGAGUUAUUGUUAAGCCUCGUCCACACAUGGCGAUUUGUCUGCGGAAACAUUUUCUGCCGACUGUCUCUGGAGUUUUGCUAUUUUGUCUCCAGUAAGGGGGCAGACAAAUUUUGGUGUUUCAUAUGGUUCAGUCCAGUGUGGUGGGAAAAGUGAAGGCAAGAUGUGUCGAGAUGUGUCUUAUCUCAUCUAGUGUCUUAUCUCAUCUAGUGUCUUCUCUCAUCUACCACACUGGACUGAUCCAAUAUGGAGUAUUAUAUUUGGUUCAUAUUAUAAAUCUCCCCCCUAUAAUAGGCUGUAAUUAGGGGUAGUUUCUAACCCUUAUGAAUCAACCCCUAUGAGGUCUUAGGGGAUAAGAGUUAUAUAAGGAGUGUAUUAAGUGUAGGUAUCAUUCAAGACUGCCAUAUUUAUAGUUAUAACACGUUAGUAGUAAAACGUGAGGUCACUUAAAGACGUGACAGGAUGGUAAUCAGUUUCUAGAGUAUAUAUAAGAACUGAAUUGUGUUAAGCACAUUAAAUGGCUGAGAAGUCGAAGAAAACGUUAGGACUAAAGUUGAGUAAAGAAAGAAACAAAAGGAAGAGAGACAGUGAUCAAGAUAAAGAAGAAGAUAGAUUUCGAAGUCGUGAAAGGACAGAAGAAGUUACUAAACCAACUAGACAUCGUAGCCUAUCUUUAGGUGAACAGAGUAAAUCAUCAAGACUUCGAAGCAACUCUGUAGGAAAUCGAAAAGAACUACCUACUUCAAGUGAUACAUCUAUCUCCAACAAGGAGUUCUUCACUACAACAGAUUCUGGCAUUGGAACUACUAGAGGAUUAUUAUUUCCUGGACACAACUACCUUGGACCUGGAAAUCCCCUAGAUAAUGGACCACCUACCAACAGAGUUGAUGAAGUAGCACAACAUCACGAUAGAGCUUAUCAACAAGCAUCGACUUCGUUCCAAUCUACAGGUAACAAAGAAUAAGCAUUUCAGUUAGUUCAACAAGCUGAUGAGACUUUUUUAAACGAGUUGAGUGAUAUAGAACCAACUUCAUAUACUGAGUUUUUUGGUAAAUUAGCAGGUCAAGUAGGAAUUGGACUUUCUUGUUGAUGGUCUAGCUUUAGGAUUAUUUCCAAAAAGAUCCAAGGAUGGUAAAAAUGUAGAAGCCUGUGCAGAAAUUGGUAUAAAUACAGAAAUAAUUAUUAAGGGGGGUACUUAAAAGUAUUAUUACUAUCUUUUGGAGGUAGUAUAUUAUGCAGUGGAAGUGCUAGUCAUCCUCAAAGUAAUCCUAAUAAAAUAUAUUUCAUUCAUAAGAAUAAGAAGUUUGAUAAUGCUUAUGCAUCUGAUGGUUUACCUACUCUUGGAAAUGUAAGCUAAUCUGUAUAUAUUGAAUAUAUGUCUAUAAAUAAAAUAAUUAUACUGUAUCCAAUUGUUGUUAUUUAACCAGUACUCUCUACACAAUAGGAACCUUCUAGGACCCUUUAGUACCCUAAUUUAUAGGUUGAUGCCAUAUGAAGCUACCUAUAUUUAGUUAAAAACCUAAUAUAAGCCUAGGGGUUGAAGCCUAUUAUAGGGGGAGAUUUAUUAUAUGAACCAAAUAUAAUACUCCAUAUUGGAUCAGUCCAGUAUGGUAGAUGAGAGAAGACACUAGAUGAGAUAAGACACAUCUCGACACAUCUUGCCUUCACUUUUCCCACCACACUGGACUGAACCAUAUGAUCUCUUCUGUUGGAGACAAAAUACAGUGUUUUCUGUUUCCCGUUCGAAUGGGAGACAAGAGACAAAACUUAAGACCAACAAAGCCCAGAAAAAUUUCAAAAUCUUUAGAAGUCAACCUCGUGAAUUUCCUAAAUCCACCACCUAAUCUGAAGGUCUGAUAGAAGAUUGUGACCAUAGUACGAACCUUGCUCGAGAAAAUAUUGGGUCCAUCAUCGUCUCUUCCUAGAUUCAUUAGGCACAUGGUUCAGAAAAAUGAAGCCCACACAGGAUAUAAUACGUCCUCCUCGGUCAACAUACCAACAAACACGGAAACACUGGCUGGCUAGUGUGGACGCAAAACACAUUGGAAAUUUGUAUCCAAAACUGUGUUGACAGACUGUCUGCCGACUGCCCACGCACAGUCGGCAGACUCAGUCUCCAUGUGUGGACUAGGCUUUAUGAUCAAUAUUAGUUAUCAACAAUCUGAACAAUUAUGUUGUUACUCUUUGUUCCUCAGCACAAACAUAUUGUGAUAUAACUGAUAUUUUCAAGGUUUAGUAGGGCGUGGCCUGGACUUGCCUGGAUCGGGAAAAGAAAAUUUGGUCACUCAAUAAUUAGAAUUUUUACUGUCAUUGACAGCAUUUGAAACAAAAAUGUUUUGGUUUGGGUAAAAUGUUUUUAAUUGAAUAUUACCUGUCCAACUCAAACAUUCCUUGUUUAGAACUGCUAUCAGCAACAAAUUGUUUGAACUGUUGUGUAUAUGGUCAUACAGUACUUUUUAUGUUUUCUUAUACUAGUAUGGAUUUUUCCCUAUUCAGGCAAGCCUUUUCAUCACAACCAUAUUUUUAAAACCUACGCUCCUGUGCCACAAGUUAGAACAAUAAUAUUGAGAUAAUAUUUACUGUUUGUCAUGUACAUAAAGUUUUAUCCUGAAUAUGUUAAGUUUAUUCUUAGAUGUGUUUUGUUUGGUACGUUGAAAAAUGGAUCUAAAGUUUUAAGUUAGGAUUAGUCACCUACUUUGUGAAUAAAGCACUAAGCACAUUAAAAGGAUAGUGCUUAUCUUUAUGUAAGUUGUGCAAGCGUCAACCGAAAACAAACUCUUUUCCUUGCAAUAUCUAUGUUGGCUGAUGGAUGUUUUGUCUAGUAACAAUAGUGUGCUCUUGUUUUAUUUUUGGGAUUUUAUAAAGGAAUGUUCCAAACCCCGGUUCUUGUUACUUAACGUCAAUUGUUUGUUGGACAAACGUUAGCAUCUUUAAUUGAUACCCCCAAAAGGCAUCUGGGCCUAGAAACAAUUUUGCUUUGAAUUGAGCCAGCAACCAGAUUCAAAGGUUAACACUAUAAUCAUGUUACUGAUAACUUUCUGUUUCCCUAGAAGGAAAUACUUUCUGGUGUAAUAUGUAUAUGCAUUGGAUGUUAGGACCAGGAAUAUAGUUCACAGCCUUGUGAAUAGGAAGCAUAUUUUCCUGUGUCUAUUUUAUCCAGAAAUUAUUAUUGAAAUAUUUUACUAUAUUACUCUGUGAUUUUUAAUUAAAGCAAAGAAGGGUAAAUGACCUAGAUUCUGUUUUAUUCAUUUUAAGUGUUCUAUUAGCGAGUCAAAUGGUCUUUUAUCUAGUUUAUAAAAAAAAGUAUUAACAAUUCCAGAGGCCAUUUCCCUGAACUAAUAGUGUACUAGCGUACAUGUUGCUCGAAUUCGAGCAAUUGCAAUGUAUUACAGGAGUUUUUUCAAAACGAAUAACAGUCAUAUUUACAAUGAGUUUAAAAGAGUCAACUCAAAGAUUACCGGUGUGUAACUCAGACCAUGUUUAUCUUCGUUAUUGAUAAACCUAAAGGAUUCCGGCCGGUUUUCUCCUUCUCUAAAUGCCUCGCUGUACAGGCAACACAGGUCAUUGAUAGGCCGGGCGCACACCUGAUGCGGCACGGCGCGACGUUUUGCCUUAUGCGACUAGAUUUCUAUUAUUUCAACUGGGGGUUCCGCACACAUCAUCGGGCACGGCAAGACAAGGCAAAACAGCGACGUACGGCGCUUUGUUCUGCCUUUUCAAUUUUCGUCUUUCGGGCAAAAGGCUUGAGGCAAAACGAUGUGCGCAUGCGCGAGGAUCGACACCACGUUCAGCGCAGUGACAGCCCCUGCCCCUGUCAAAAUCAGUGUGCACUUCCAACGAUUAGUAAUUAUGAAUUUUUUCCGGAUCUGCUCUUAGUUCUGCAAUGAAUGGUUUCAAGUCCUUUUUUGGUUGAUGGGAUGCACCAACGAUUCUCUGUUAGGGAGAUCAUCCAUUACAUUCAUUAGGUACCAUCAUUGACUAUAUAAACACAACAGUCAAUGGUACCAUAUAGCAGCGAUGGCAGCAGCCUCUUCUUCGCCUUCUGCAUCCAUUCUCACAAAAUGUGUAGUACAAAGUGUCACAAAAUGUACAAACAACCUCAUAACACACAGUAUCUCACUUUACUGAAACCAUGGGAUCGACCAUGUGGGUGCUCAAGUCGCCUUGUCGUGCCGUGCCGUAUGCAUCUCAAAUCUCCAUCGGGCACGGCAAGGCGAGGCAAAGACGUCUCGCCUCGCCUUGCCGUGCCGUGCUGUAUCAGGUGUGCGGCCGGCCAUAGAGGGCCAAUUGAGAACAAAAAGUCGUUUUGGGGUAGUGUUAGGGCGCAUUUGUAACCUAAUAGUUGAGUGUGUCCAGGGUCAGGUGCCGACUGUGAUGAGUUAAGCCUAAUACGCGCCACUGAUCUGUAGCUGCGGUCGUUAUCACGAUUACGCCUCCUGUCUAUGUUUCGUUUUCGUCGCGUCGGAGACAUUUAAAAGAAAAAAACAACAACAAAUAAACAAAUUAUAGGUACACAAAAACACUAUAAAUGCACAAAUUUAAGUUAUAAUCAUGCUAACCCGAUCCGUCAUAGCGACACAAAACAAUCAUAAAUACACAAAUUUAAGAUAAAACCAUACUAACACGAUCCGUCUUGGGGGUUAUGUUUACACAAACUCAAAUAGUAAACAAAUGUACUCAAUGCGUUUCAUUGAAUUGAAAAAUAAAUAACAGCAAUUAAAUUAUACAGCUGAUCAAAAUGUAAACAAUUAUGUUCCUCAUAAGGAUAACAUGGGAACUUUCAAAGCCACUGGGGCAGAGCCCAAAGGACUUUUUCAAAAAUGUAAGGCCAGUUUGCAAAUCUACGCGACACGCUCUUUCCAGUGAGACGUCAGUGGAUGAAAUCGGUUAAUAAAUGGCGGAGGAGUUCAACCGACAAAGUUUCAUGUAGCGUAUUAAUUAUAUAGAUUGGUAAAUCUCAUCAGAAAAUUUUACGGGUUAGAAAUUAAGUAUCAAUGUGAUAUCAGUGUAAUCCAUAUUAUUUUAGUUCCUAAUGAUUCAAUAAAAGCAGUUGUGCAAAAAUCUUUUAUUGUUAUUAUUUGUUAUAGCGAAUAAGAAGAGACCUAAAAGUGAUUUAAAAAGAAUGUCUACCUAAGAAUGUUGGAUUUUUUUUAGUUUGCUAUAUCAAAUGCUGCUAGACAUAACCAUAGAUUUUACAUACUUGUAAAUGUGAUAUCAAUAUCAUCCUUACGAAUUGAAGACAAUUUUAAGUCAUUCUACUGUAUGUUAAUGUGUACAUAAUUAUUUGACUUUCAGUAUUUCUUGUAAUUUCAAUAAAUUUAUAACAUGGAGUAUGUCAUCUGGUAUUGAAACCUAAGAGUUGAGUGCACAUAUCUAAAGCUGUGUUUUCCUAGACGCGGAAGAGGAGGGCGGAGAGCGGAAAAGCGAUUACAUUGCAUUCUGCUCCACUCCUAUUAAAACAGUAACAUUAAAUUACCUAAGACAAGAGGAGUCCGCUCUCUGCGUUCCUCUCUCCGUGUCUAGAAAAACCCAGCUUUACCCCAAAAAAGAGAAAAACAAACUAGGAUAUUAUAAUAGGAUCAGAAGUAUACUGUUGCGCUUGGAGUACCAAAAAAUAUAAAGCAGAUGCU